CACUUAGCGAACUGGCUCCACCGCGAUAUCAGUUACGGUAACAUACUGGUGGUGGGAAAACACGCCAAGAUCAUCGAUCUGGAAUGUGCCAAGGAAUUGUCCGACCUCGGGGCGCAUCAUGACGUCCCGACGGUACGCCUUUUUUCGGUGACCAUCUGUGACCACCUGAGGAAUGACGCGGAUCUUCUAGGAGACGCCAUACUUCAUGUCGGAAGAGGUCCGCACAUCUCGUUACAACUAUAUGCCUGUUGUCGAGCCGCAAAGUACUUCAUCUACGGAGACAAGUUUCGACGACAUGUUCAAGGAUAUUAUGCAGGGUCCUGCAGCGCCUCUACCUCAUGCGCAGAUAGCGGGAUUGGACCUAACACUGUCCCCAAUUUUGCUCCCAACGAAGCCGCCGAUGCUGCUCUACCACCUCCAGAUACAUGCAUCCGAGCCGCGUCAUAUUUCGCCACAAUCCUUUACCCGACAUGAAAUCGAUCCUAUGGCUCUCCCUCUUCGUCCUUCUUGUCUCUGAGUACGAAAACAGCGAGCUGAACCAAAAAGGAGAGCGCAGGUACGAUGCUCGGACUUUCCAGGGUUUCAUGGAGGCACAGCACGCCCUGCCCUGGAAGCUCCUCUGCGAACCCGGUCAUCGACUGGCGGUAAUGAUGCCCACGAACUACCUGGCGAAGCAGACAUACGGCCUUCAUCCCACUGUUGGCAAGAUCAUCUGCGACUGGACUUUAUGUGCUCUGAUCUGGUGGACGCCUUCAAGGACAAGGACAAGGGCCUCAAGCCAGGGGUGGCCAAACCAAUCUCGAUGGACUGGUCAGCUGCGGGCGAACAGCUCAGCCUGAGCAUCAGGAGUAUCAUGUCCAUCCUUCAGCAAACACCACUUGGCCUUCUCAAGGACAGAACGAAUAAGGCGCUUAAACCGGUCAGGCCGUUCGAAGGGCGCCAGUGGUGAGGAGCUGGAAAAGCGAACCAGAGGCAGUGCUGACGUUGAUAGGGAUUCAGGCGCAGACGAGGACCGGGAUUGACGAGGAUCGGGAUUUCCGACGAGUCAAGGCUCGCAAGGUCGAAGCAAGCAAGGAUGUGCCAUCUUUCUCGAGAAUUCAGCCGCCAAUCCCUCACUCACGACGUUAAUCGCGGCUGAUCAUGGCCCCGAUUCUGAGCAGUGACAAUGUGUCCGACGGACUUCUUCUCCUUGCUGACUUCAUUUAUGUAUCGUCUUCAUGCAUCUGCACAAAUAAGCAGACCCAUAUUCCUGCGUCCCACAGUUUCGGUUGGGUAUGGUGGCUUCGUGCAGUUAAGGUCGCGCAGUCGAAGACAAUCGUCCGGAGCAUUCUUUCUUCAGGGCCACAAGUCACCCAUGCGCUGCUGAGCUAGCGCUAUGGCUAGAUUGCUUAUUGUCGUUGGUUACGAGUUCAAUGAGGACGACUCGGGAGAUGUACUAUCAUU